AUGAAAAAGAACUUGUUAUUUCAUAAUGUUAAAUUUCUUGGAAUUCUAUCCCUCCUUGUACAACAAACACACGCUCAAGAAGAUGAUAGUUUUAGAGUAACAGAUUCAUUCGACACCCUUAUUACUGCACUCCUUUCGAUGUUGAUAUAUUUAAAUUUGAAAAAAAAAAAUCGUUUAAAGGGUAUUAGUAAUCUUGUCGAAGUGAUUAUUCACACAAUUUUCUUCGUCAUCGCUUUUCGUAGAUUUAACAAUAUCAGUAAUGACGUAUUUUUUAUCAUAUUCCCUUAUAUUAUUUCAAACGGUUACGCGAUAUAUAAGUCAAUUAAAAACCUUCAUAAAAUAAGUCGUAACAAUGAGGUUACCGAUAUUAGUAAUAUCAAUAACCGUCUUGCAACAUUUAAUGAAGAUUAUGAUUUGAAAUUUAUAACUUUUAUAUAUUAUACGUACAGCGGUCUUAUUCUGGCGACAUUAUGUGCUUCAUCUAGUUUAUGGUUAAAAAGUUAUAUGACUAUGGUCGUUUUUUCUCGAGCCAUUGCGGAUAAAAAAUCAGAGAUCGUCAAUACGUCUAAUCAAAGGGAAGUAGUUUAA